AUUUACAGAUUUAUUGUAACGAAUAUCGAAAAAUAAAUAGAGAAUCACAUUACAUUGAUUCGUUUUUCAUCAUGCAUUACUUUCCUCAUCAAAAGUGACAGAAAUAGGCGUGAUGCGUGAUUGCUUUCUCCUUCGAUUAGCUUUCAGUUUCUCGCAUUUUAAUCAAAAGGGAAAUGUCAAAUAGAUUUGAUUUCGAUAAAAAUGCUUCAAUUUCCUUCUUGAUAUCUGUAAAUAUGUAAGUUUAGUAUUGUUUCAUUACGCAAUAAAUGUUUCACUUCAAGUGUUCAAAAGAGGACAUCAACGAUAUCAAUUUUGCUUAGAAUCGUAAUUAGUAAUUAUCUUUCACACCUACUUAUGAAUUAUGACAUUUAAUUUCAAAUGAAAUAUUUACCAUCAAUUGUUCAAUAGGCAAUGGUUGUUGUUAGUGAUAAUUGGGUGAAAUAUGUAGCAACAUUUCCUACUACUGGAAUGAAUGAAAUGGAGAUGAUCAUACCAAACAAUGAGACAAAAAUGGCAGCAAAGGCAGUUCUCAUUUGCAGGCAAAAUUCGCAUCCCUUUCAGGAUCGAACACUAACUUUAGAUGAACACGUUAAAGUAGGACGGUCAGUGGCUAGAGCCAGGGCAAAGCCCAAUAAUGCUAUUUUUGAUUGUAAAGUCUUAUCAAGGAACCAUGCUGUACUAUGGUAUGAAAAUGGAAAGUUUUUUUUACAGGAUACUAAAAGUAGCAAUGGAACAUUUGUUAACAAUAACAAACUCACUCCUGAAACUGAACAUCAUGAAGUAAGCUCAGGUGAUAUUGUACAGUUUGGUGUGGACGUUGUUGAGAACAAUAGAAAAGUUACCCAUGGUUGUAUAAUAGCCACCCUUAAGUUAUAUUUGCCAGAUGGAAAAGAAGCCAAAGCAAGCCCCAGUAUAGGUGAGAACAACAGGCAUGGAAUGGUACCUUUAGAUGAACUGUACAAACUAAAUCAGAUCAUCCAAGACGCUAGUGAUAGGGAAGAAUGUCUGCAAAAAAAAUUGGCCAAAUUACAGUCAAUGUUACAAACUGCCAAAUCUGCCACAAGUAGCUGUUGGGCAGCUUAUGUUGGCGAAGAGAGGUUGUUGUCUAGGAUUGCAACUUUAGAAACACAGCUAUCACAGGCCAACAAGAAUUGGACUGAAGACAGAUGCAAACAAGAACUUAACAAAAUUCAAGAUGACAAUGUUGCAUAUCAAGUUGCUGCCAUCGAAGCACUGGAAAAACUGCACAAUGAAAAGUUGGAUGCAGUUGCUUAUGUCUCGGAAAUGGAAAUCAAAGAAAACAUCCUGCAACAAGAAACUAAUCUUGCCAAAAUACAAGUGGAGGAUCUUCACAAAGAAAUUGAUGAUUUGUUGAAGAAAUUCAUGGAGGAGCAGAAGAAAACAGAAGAGAUGCGUAAAGAUUAUGAGAUGCAAAUAAAGGACUUGCAAAAACAACUUUAUGAUAAGCACGAAGAACUGACUGCCUUAGAGAUAAAAUUAGAUAAUAACGAUAAAACUAACAGUAACAAUAUUCUAGAAGAAUUAGAGAACAACUACAUUUGUUUAGAAGACGAUGUGAAAAUAAAGGAAGAGAAGCUCGCCAAUGAAGAACAGGAACAUAAUCACAACUCCAAUAGCAAUGAACAAAACAACAUCAACCUUACUGUGGGACCAGUCACAGAUGAUGAGAGUGACGAAUAUAGUAAUCAUUCUGAAACUGAAAGCAAUGGGACGAUUUACUUAGAAGAUAGCGACAACAUACCUUUUUCCAAGUCGGAAGAAAUCCAAAUUGAAUUGUCAGGUGCUAACGCUGAACAGUUGGAAAAAGGCGUCAAAUUCGAUUUGCCCGAGGACGAUGACAAUAAAAACUCGGAUGAAGCUGAUGUACCUGAAAAACAAAAUGAAGAGAAUUCUGGGGAAGAGAGGGAAAAUAAACUGGUGGAUAAUAUUGAUUCGAAGACUCUGAAAUACCAUUUCCAAUCGACUCAGAACGAAUUGAAAAAGAGGAUUGAUAUAUUGGAGCAACUCUGCAAAUCGCAUCAAGAGAAAUUGGAGGAAGUGACUGCAUUGUAUGAGGAGAAGAAAAAUCUUCUCUCAAAAUUCGAGGUGGAUAAUAAAGAAUUGAAAGAUGAACUUUGUAUCUGUCGGGAAAAUUUGGAAAAGUGUCAUAGAGAAAACUACGAUCUGAAAAAUGAGGUCAAUAUUUUGUUGGCUACAAAGGAGAUUGGUGCUGGUGACUCUGUUGUUGAACCAGUCACAGAAAAAGACAAUGUUACGCAAUCUGUGACUGAAAAACUAGUUAGCUAUGAAGAACUUGUAGCGGUAGAGGAGGAGUUGGUUCUCCUCAAAGAACGUUUUUCUCAAGCUAACGCAGAGAAAGUAAAACUAUUGCAAGAUAUCGAGGGACUCAGAAAAGAUUACAAUUCUGUUAAGAAUCAUUCACAUAAUAUGACUUUCCUUUAUGUUGCCCCAUUGGUGCUCAUUGUGCUUUAUCUCUUGAUGAGCAAUAUGUUUUCCUGAUUCACAGCCAUACUUUUUAUGUUCUUCUAUUUUUCACUCGAGUUUCUCAUUAAAAUUAUAAAAAAUACAUGAUCUAAGCUGUGCUAUAUUUUUUAUAUUUAAGUGGUGUUCAGUGUGGAAUAUCCAUUCGAUGAACUUUUUUAUUUAUUUGCAACACUGGAGAUAUUCAAUUUCAAAUCAAGAAAGUAGUUGCCUUGAUCUGAAAUUGCAAAAUAAACAGAAACAAACGAGAAGGUUAUCGCAAAUUAGUAAAAUAUCUUUUUUGUUUCUUGUUUUCUCUGCGCAAAGUCUUUAACCUUUUUGCCGACAUGAAUGAAGUUGUUUUGCCAUAAACGUUCACUUGAUUAAUUUUUCGUUCAAUUUAGUUUUAAUAUUCGAACCUAAAAAUCAAAUAGGUAACGGUGCUUUCAAAAUAUUCCUAUUUCCACAGAACACCAAAAUUUUUGCAAUAUUAUUUAUAUUUUGUGUAAUCUUUGUAUCGAACAAAUAUUUUAUGCUCAUCAUCUCAUUGCCACUUCAAGAGUAAUGGUUGCUCUUUCAAAUGUAAAAAAUGUUCAUACACUAUAAAUAAGCAUUUUUGUUUCAAGGCAAGUUUGAAUAUGAACGGCGAAGAUUGAAUAUUUUUAAUUCUGUCCAUGUAUCUUUUGAUGUUUUUUAGUUGUGAUAAUUUUAUAGCAUGUUGGAUGUUUACGUUAUCUAAUUUAAAAUAAUUUAUCUGCUUAAUUUAUAAAGACGUAGCUAUAAAUUAUCCAAAAUUGUUUUCUAAUCUAUUGUUACUGUCUCUGAAUGGUUUCCUACUGGUAAAAGCUACUUACUCGGUGCCCGAAUAGAAGGAAUGUGAGAAGCAUGAUUCAGCACUUGAUCAAGCAUGUUAUCAUUUGACAACUUUUUUUCAAAGAAAAAUAUCUGGAAUAAAAUGUCCUUUCUCAGGUUAUCCGUUUUGCAAACUUGUAAAGUAUUGGAAAUAGUAAAAAAUAGACUGAAAUAUAAUGUUUUCUACUCGAUUCCCAAUUUAAUUACUUUUUUAAUACUCCGCCUCUAAAAUUUUCACAUCCUUAGGUAUAUGUGUGAGAGGAUAGGAUUAAAUUUGAAGAUGACCUUGUGAUUGAAUUGUACAAAUUAAUGAAUAUUGUUAUCUGCUCCUAUGUCUGAAACUCAGAUUAACUAAAGUUUCGAGUUUCCAGAAUGGCAGAAUAUAGUGAAAAGUUGUAUUAUUUAUGUAUUUAUGAUUUCUCUCAUUUUCUUGUAGUGAUAUGCAUAAUAUAUUUUUUUUUUGUUCAUUAUGAAUGUGUAUAUACUCAAUAUCAUAAUUAUUAAAUAGAUAUAGAAAACAAA